AUGGAGAAAGCCGAAAAAGUCGGAGAGAAAGGAGCUGGAUCAUCCGGCGAAAAGAGAGAUAAGGGAGAAAAUGUGCUGUCUUUCGGGAGUAUGAGUUUAAUCGGGAGCCUUCCAGAAUUCUCGGGUAUCCGAGAAACUGUCACUGUUCGGGAAUUUGUGGAUAAGAUCUUGCAAGCAAAAUCCCUCGUUUCAGCUUGGGAUGAUGGAGUCGCUCUCACCGUCGCUAAACUGAAGAUUACGGGACCAACAAGGGAGUUUAUUGCAGCAAAUGAGCAGACUACACCCUACAAAACUCUGGAGGAACUGAGUAAGGUUCUCAUAAAGCAAUUUUCUGUCCCUGAAGACCUUUCCACAUUGCAUGUGGAGCUGUCUCGGAUGAGUCAAUUGCCCACUGAAAGCGUAAGGAGUUGGGGAGCCAGAAUCAAAGGAAUCGGAGCCAAACUACUGAGAGUGAGCGGGAAAAUGGAUACUGCCUUCCUACAAAACUUAUUGAAAGUCAGGAGGAGAUCAGAGAAAAGGGGAUUUAUCGAGAACCGAUGUUCGCACUUCAAGGAGGCCAAAGGAAAUGCCCGGACAGAGGACCACAAGGGAGAUUUGAACGGGAUCGUGAACAUCCGGAACUUCAAGGAAACCUUUUCAGAGUUCAACAAGCAAAGAAGACCCCUAUCACUUGCUGGAGAUGCGGAAGACUUGGACACAUCAGCCGGGACUGUAAUUCGCAAAAAGAGACGCGAAGCUGUUUUGGAUGUGGACAACAAGGACACAUCUCCAGAAAUUGUCCAAGACGACAAAAGAAGGUUAGUGGCCGUUGUGGUCCAUGUAAACCGCAUAAAACGGUAUCACAUGGAGACCUUCCCAUACCAACCAGUCGAAGAGAGAGAUGAAGGAAAUUGGGAACAAAUUGAAGAGGACACAGACGAGAUAAUUGAUUCCCCUCUAUUUCCCUAUCCGACUUCUGAUGAAGAAACAGAAUUGAGCGUCGAAGAGGAAGGUACUUCCGAAACCGAAGAGGCAGAUACUCCCGUUGUAGUAAAGGAAGGUGAUGAUACGGAGAGAACAGCCCGUCUUCCCAUGGCCAGUAUGAGGCCAACAAGAAAACCAUCCCUGAAAAAGACGUGGGUCCUCAGAAGCAAGGGACCAGUUCCGGAGGAAGACUGGAUUCCGCCCCCCGAAAGGGCUAAAGUUAAAGCGACUAAAAGGGUGACCUUCGCUCCUGACACGCUCUCUGUUGUGACAGAAUCAAUUCCCAAGGAUGUAAUUUCGGCUGAAAAAGGGACUAUUUCAGGACAUUCCAUGUUAGACAAACUUCUCCAGCUUGCUGAGAUGAAUAACUUCAUUGCAUAUAUGUGUGUUCUGUGGCAAAUCACCACGUUGAAACCUAUCAUGAGCAUCGCAGAAUGGGGGUCUGGGGACAUUUUGGAAAUCCAAAAAGGGGAAGGUGCUUUGUUCCUUAAGAAAGGAAGUGUAUUGAUGUCGGGAGACACUUGGAUCCUCACGUUUGAUCUGACCUUCGAGCCUUACCGGUGGACUGCUCAGACUAUUAUUGAGGAAACAACCAAAUUCAUUACUCUGAAUACGGCCGCCCAGCGUAGACUGAGUCCAUACUUAAUUACCCCAAACCAACUCUUCCAAACCCUUCAAAACAUCUCACUGAAGCUCCCAACAGAUCGCACCCUUGCUGUUCCACUCAGUCCCGACUCCAUCUUCAUAUAUUAUCAUUGGGCCGAUCUUAGGACUAUGGCUGUUGCCAAUCAACUUCGAAUGUUCCUGACAAUACCUUUGAAGACCUUCGACCGGAGUUACAAUCUGUUCCAAAGUAUCCCUAUUCCCAUGAGAAUUCAAGGAACUCCAUUGGCUAUGAUUUGGAACCCGAAGGCAGACUUUUUGGCCAUCAGCAAUGAUAGAUAG